AUGUCUCAUGAACAGGAUGGAUUUGACUGCAACAAGUGCGAGAAACCGAACUCGUUCGAAAACAUGGUGAUGUGCGACGCAUGCCUGGAUUGGUAUCAUCUGGGCUGCGCUGGUGUUACACCCGGAAUAGAGCACAGACCGUGGCACUGCGAAAAAUGUACGCCUCCUGUCCCUCCUUCGAUCGGAACAAGUCUGGACAAGGAUAAAAGAAAUAAGAAGUUACCAGCGAAGGAUGCUGCUGGUUCAAUCAACCCGGAGAACAGUCGUAAGAAAGACGGGGAUAGAGUGGAUCAUGAAAAACAUGGAGCAUCGCUGUUAACCGGCAGCGGCCUCAAGAACGUGCCUCCACGCGCGUCAUCAGCCGUCGAAAAAACUCCUAAAAAGCACCCGGAUAUCUCGAAGCGAGCUGAAACUGUGAAAGGAUCAGUGCGAGCCAGUACCCAUAGCUCUCGCGGCUCCAUCCAAGUAUCAUUACAGCGGUUGGAAGAGAAAAGAAAGUUGGAACUUCAGAAGCUCGAAAACCAGCGACGAGAGCUAGAACAAGAAAGGGCUCGCCUGCGGAAAGAAAAGGAGCUAGAAGAACAGGAAAAUGCGAUUGCCCGGCAGCAGCUACGGGAUUUGGAGCAGUACUUGGAAGAGAAGCACGAAUUAGAGGAACAACUUGAGGAUGAAAUUGUUUCUCAGUGCACUUCACGAUCCCGAAAGUCGAUGACGCGACAGUGGCUGGAAGACCAGGAGUCGCGCGACGGAGUUAGGCGAGAAAAAUGCGAAAAAGAAGAAGCUUCAGUGGCCGGCGUCUCCGCUGCUGGAAGAUCAUCGAACGAAAUAGAAAUAACAGCGAACACUGCUCCCAUGUUCUCAAAAAGCAAGCCUGCUGCUUCUGAGAGAAGAGCAACAGUCGAAAUCGGGAAUAGGCACCGUUUCGAGAAGGAAAUGGAAGCACGUGUUAAUGAAGAAAUCAUAACACAACCGAAUGCAAAUCAACUUGCCGCAAGACAGCUUUGGCCAAAAAAGCUGCCAUCGUUCUCGGGUGAUCCCGAGGAAUGGCCUAUAUUUUACAGCAGCUAUUUGGAUUCCAAUUCAGCAUGUGGAUUUUCACCGGUCGAGAAUAUCAUUAGACUCCGCGAAUGCCUUGUAGGCCCAGCACGUGAAGCUGUGGUGACAAAGUUGAUGUUCCCGCAUGCCGUGCCAUCGAUAAUGGAAACCCUUCGAAGAUUGUACGGGCGGCCUGAAUUGCUCGUGAAAAAUCUUCUUGCGAAAGUUCGACGUCUGGAUGCUCCAAAGCCGGAGCGGCUAGAUACCCUAGUGAAUUUUGGAAUGGCCGUUCAGCAGCUGUGCGACCAUCUGGAGGCCGCGAAUCUACGUAGUCAUCUGACAAACCCGACACUACUAGAAGAACUUGUGGAGAAGUUACCGGCUGCUAUUAAACUUGAUUGGGUCCGACACAAGCGAUUAUUCGUCGAUCCAUCUCUGAAAGAGUUUGGCGAAUUCAUGGACCGAUUAGUGGUGGAUGCUAGUGAGGUGACGACUCUCAUACCACCUAAGAGCAGCGGCAGCAACUCCGAAAGAACAAAGUCAAAUCAGAAAGCCCACAUCCACACUCACAACGAGAAUGCAGAUACGUCGAGAAACGACCCCCCUCGAAAGCCAUGCCCAAUUUGUGCAAAACUUGACCAUCGAGUUCGAAACUGUGACGAGUUCAAGCAGCUAUGUCUUGAGGCGCGUUUGAAUGCAGUAGAGAAGAACAAACUGUGCGAGAUUUGCCUCUACAAUCAUGGAAACUGGCCGUGUAAAUCAAGAUACUUCUGCAAUAUCGGAGACUGUCGCGCUCGGCAUCAUCCUCUACUGCAUCGAGACGCAGAAGCAACUGUGGUGCGAGCCGACUGCAAGGCGCAUCGAAUUGCAACGUCGGCCGUGUUGUUCCGCGUCGUUCCAAUCACAUUGCACAAUGGAACACGGAAUAUGGACAGUUUCGCUUUUCUUGAUGAGGGCUCAUCUCACACCUUGAUCGAUGCCAGUGUGACGCGUAGUCUAGGAAUCGUCGGUAUUGCGGAGCCGUUGGAAUUGACGUGGACCUCGAAUGUUAAUCGAAAGGAAAAUUUGUCAGAGCGCGUUGAUUUGGUGAUUUCAGCAAGGGGUGCACAGGAGCGAUUCAAAUUGUCAGACGCGCGCACUGUAGCUGCGUUAAAUCUACCGAAGCAAAAUUUGCAAAUGGAUGAAAUGGCCAGUCGUUUUAAACACCUGCGAGACGUUCCUAUGGCUUCGUUCCAAAACGCCGAACCGAAGGUACUUAUUGGUUUGCGCAAUCUCGAACUCUUAGUUCCGAUUGAGAGUCGAGUUGGUCGACCGAAUGAACCCAUCGCUGUAAGAAGUGUUUUAGGCUGGACAAUCUAUGGGCCUUCGGGCAUGAACCCCGAUGCACGCCCAUUUUUCGGGAUCCACGGGCACAAGACUAUCGCUGAACGGGAGCUGAACGAGAUGAUUAGACAACAGUUUGUUCUAGAGGACACCGGAAUCAGUCCUUCUCCAUUACCGGAAUCUGCGGAAAUCACUCGGGCUAGGGAGAUUCUGGAGCGAACAACAGUUCGUGAAGAUGGGCGAUUCGUCACUGGAUUACUGUGGAGAAACGACGAAAUAUGCUUUCCGGAUAGCCUACCUAUGGCGAUCAAAAGACUGAGAAAUCUUGAAUCGAAGUUAGCAAAAAAUCCAGAUUUAUGCGACAACGUACAUCGGCAAAUCCAAGAGUACAUCGAGAGAGGCUACGCUCACAAAGCGAAACGAGAUGAACUUCAGGAGGCCAACCCUGAUCGAGUGUGGUACUUGCCACUCAACAUAGUGACACAUCCUAAAAAGCCAGAAAAAAUACGACUUGUGUGGGACGCAGCCGCAAAAGUGAACGGAGUGUCACUAAACUCCCAGCUGUUGAAGGGACCCGACUUGCUGGUUCAAUUGCCGGGAGUUAUCUGUAAAUUUCGUGAAAGACGCGUCGGCUUCGGAGGAGAUAUCGAAAAGAUGUUUCACCAGAUUCGUAUCAAACCAGAAGACACCCAUUCGCAACGGUUCCUUUUCCGUUUCAAUACAAGCCAGCAGCCCGAUGUCUACAUCAUGGACGUUGCUACAUUUGGAGCCACUUGCUCUCCAUGCGCUGCACAAUUCGUUAUGCACAGAAACGCGGAAGAAAGCGCGAUUGAAUUUCCGGAAGCAGCACUGGCCAUCAAAGAGAAAACGUACAUGGACGAUUACUUCGACAGUGCUGAUACUCCGGAAGAAGCGUCGGAACGUGCCUUGCAAGUAAAACUGAUUCACUCGAGAGGCGGAUUCAAUAUGCGAAAUUGGGUAAGCAACAGCAUCCACGUUCUACAAAGCUUAGGAGUAGCGUCGGAGCAACGACUGCUCUCGAUUGACUGCAGUAAAGAAGAAAAACGACAACGUGUUCUCGGCAUAGCCUGGGACCCUGAAAAGGAUGUCUUCGUAUUUUCAACGAGCUGGCACAGUGAUUUGACUCCGUACGUGUUCGAAGAUCGGCGACCAACCAAGCGGAUUGCUUUGCGCAUCAUAAUGAGCCUCUUCGACCCGUUAGGACUGCUGGCACCGUUUUUGAUCCACGGUAGAAUGCUGAUACAGGAUCUUUGGCGACUUGGCUUGGAUUGGGAUGCUAACGUAGGCGAUAAAGAGCAUGAGAAGUGGCGGCGAUGGAUCAGUCUACUUCCGAGUAUCACUGAGCUAGAAAUCCCAAGGCACUACUUUGGAUCUGCCCAUCCCAGCUCAUACGGGUCAUUACAAUUGCAUGUCUUUACCGAUGCCAGUGAAAUGGGCUACGGAUGUGCGGCUUACUUUCGGCUCGUGUGCGACGGACAAGUACAAUGUUCACUGAUUAUGGCUCGAAGCAAAGUAGCCCCUCUCAAGUACCAGUCCAUUCCGCGAAUGGAACUCCAAGCGGCGCUUUUGGGAGCACGAAUGCUACAUACUGUGAGCGACAACCACUCAUUGCCAAUCGCGCAUAAGUACAUCCACACGGAUUCGGAGGUAGUUCUAGCCUGGAUUCGUUCGACACAUCGAAACUACAAGCAGUUCGUCGCUUGUCGAAUUGGGGAGAUUUUGUCACUGACUGAACCCAGGAACUGGCGAUAUGUGCCAUCGAAGGAGAAUUUGGCUGACUGCUUGACAAAGUGGGGCAAGGACACCGUGCCCGACUCAAACGGAAGGUGGUUCAAUGGUCGAAACUCAUUUCUCUACAGCGACAUGGACGAUUGGCCAAAACAAAAGCAAGUUCCGGAAACUAUCGAGGAGUUGAGAGCACAUCUCUUAUUACAUAAUAUCUCGGUACCUGAAGGCCUUAUCGAUGUUGGGAGAUUCUCAAAAUGGAAAGUGUUGCUUCGAACAGUUGCACUUGUACAUCGUUUCGUAUCGAAUUGUCGGCGGAAAACAGCAGGGCUUCCAAUUGAGGCAGUAACAACUUCUGCUUCUGUUCACAAAAACCACACAAUGCGCCCGUCGAUUCCUCUACGUCAGCACGAGUACCUUCAAGCAGAACAACUUCUGUGGAGAGUUGCACAAAAUGAUGCCUAUCCAGAUGAAACAAAAAUUCUACUCAGCAAUCGAGAUGAGUCACAUCUUGACAAAUGGGUAAGCCUGGAAAAAUCUAGCCCUCUAUAUAGGUUGUCUCCGUUUGCGGACCAGUUCGGCGUUAUUCGAGUGGAAGGCCGUACAGUCAACGCGAGUUAUGCAACGUUUGACGCCCGCUUUCCCAUAAUACUACCCAAGGACCACACAAUUACAACGCUGUUGUUGAGCGACUACCAUCGUCAAUACGGUCAUGCGAACCGUGAGACGGUGGUUAAUGAGGUACGGCAACGAUUCUACAUCUUCAAUCUACGGUCGGCGAUCGACAAAGUGAUGCGAAGCUGCCAGCGAUGCAAAUUGACUAAGUGUCAACCGCAAGUACCUCGAAUGGCACCCCUUCCCGAAGAGCGUCUAACGCCAUUUAUCAGGCCAUUCAGUUACGUCGGUGUAGAUUACCUGGGCCCUCUGGAGACAUUCGUAGGACGUCGACAGGAAAAACGAUACGUGGCUGUUUUCACAUGUCUGGUAACGCGUGCCAUUCAUUUGGAAGUCGCUCACAACUUGUCCACAGAUUCCUGCAUAAUGGCCGUAAGAAGAUUUGUCCGUAGGCGUGGACCGCCAGUUGAGAUAUUUUCAGACAACGGCACUAACUUCGUGGGUGCGAGUAAUGAGUUAGCCAAGCAGAUAAAACAUAUCAAUAAUGAGUGUGCCGAAACCUUUACCGAUGCGCGCACCAAAUGGACAUUCAACCCACCGUCCGCACCACAUAUGGGCGGCGUGUGGGAGCGAAUGGUUAGGAGUGUCAAGGAGGCGAUUCGAGCACUUGACGAUGGACGCAAAUUAAACGACGAGAUUUUACUGACGGUGUUGGCUGAAGCGGAAGGGUUCAUAAAUUCCAGACCUCUUACGUACAUGCCUCAGGGGUCAGCGGAUGGGGAAGCAAUCACACCGAAUCACUUCCUCUUGGGGAGAUCGUCUGGAAUGCAAGACCCAUUGAGAACACCGGUGGACUUGGCGUCAGCGUUAAGAAGCAGCUACCAAAGGUCACAAUUCCUGUCUGAUGCAGUUUGGCAACGAUGGCUGAAGGAAUACUUCCCUACCUUGAACAAACGGUCCAAGUGGUUCACCGAUGGUAAGCCGGUGCAGGUUGGUGAUUUGGUCUACGUUGCCGAAGGAAGUCGAAGAACUUGGGUGCGUGGCCAAGUGAUGCAGGUGAUCGUGGGGAGUGACGGAAGAGUUCGACAAGCAAUCAUAAGAACGGCGGGAGGCAAGGAGCUGAAGCGACCGGUCGUCAAGCUAGCAGUGAUGGAGGUUGCUGGAAGUGAAUCCUUCACAGACCCCAAAGGUCCUCAUCAGGAUCCACGGGGUGGGGGAUGUUCUGGCACCACUGCUAAGCUUCGCCAGGAUAAUGACAACCCGAAGAAUGACAGACAAAGCGGUCUGUCAGAAGCGUCAUGA